GGAUCUCACAACACAUCUCUCUCUCUCUCUCUCUCUCUCUCUCUUAAUGUACUUCAAAUUUCAUUCGCAUAUCUAGCUUGAGGCCGGGGAUCUCACAACACAUCCAUCAUAUCAAAUACCUUUGCUGGAAUCAUCAUCCACCUUUAGCUUAUUACAUGAGGGGACGGGAUGAUGAGGAGGGGGUGACGUGGCGGGCAAAGCACUGGCACGUCAUCGGAGGGAGCGCAGAUUGGAUAUGAUAUGAAGAAAACGCGUCGCCGCGUGGAACAGCCUCGGAACAGCUUCGGGAAAGGUUAAUUCUGGAUAUCCUGAGGAAUAUACUUCUGAGCAGUUAAGAAAUUCAGAAGGAAGAAGGGAGGAGGUGGAAGAGGAACAGGGGAGGAGGAGGAGAGAGACACUGCUACAUCUUCAACAGGCAUUCGAAGAUGGUAUCCUGCAGGUGCGAUAGUCCACGCCCAUGUGCCAUUUUCCUUCUCGGCAUCGUCAUCGUCACGGCAUGGUUUGGUGUGGUGGAUGCAUCUCGUGCCCGAGGCUCAGUUAUGGGCUCAGGUAUGGAGGAUAUCUCUCACAAGUGCUCACGGAUCGAGUGCCCAGAGUAUCGAGUUGUUCACAAAGGGGCCGGCUUCGAGGUUAGGCUGUACAGUCCUACUGCUUGGAUGAUCAAGGGUUCGAUCACCAGCAUGUCCUUCACAUCUGCAACCAUGACCGGAUUCCAUGCAUUAUUCCAGUACAUCGAGGGGGCUAAUGUGAACAAUUCAAGGGUGGAGAUGACUGCUCCCGUGCGCACCUCCAUUAUCCCGUCGGACGGGCCGUUCUGUUCUUCCGCCUUCUCUGUCGGCUUUCUGGUCCCGAAGUCGUUCAACGGGAACCCUCCGCUUCCCCUCCCCGAGUUAAGUCUGAAGCUUGUGAAGUGGGAGACGCCCCGGUGCACCCUCGUCAGGCAGUUCGGGGGGUACGCAAAGGACGACAACAUCGCGAAAGAGGCCCUUAACCUUGCAAACGAUCUGGCGUCGACCAAAUGGGAACCCGUGCUGGAUAUCAUUCGGAAGAAGGGCGAGCCGUCCUAUUCGAUCGCACAGUACGAUGACCCCCUCAGAGUGUGGGGCAGGCUGAACGAGGUCUGGGUCGAAUUCGAGUCUGCGGACGAUGAGUGCUCACCCAAGGUGGAUACAGGCAACGCCUGAGCUUCGUCGAUCGACGAGCCAUGACGAUGAAUGCAAUGGAGAUCACCUCUUCUUUUCGGUUACCCGAGAGAGUUUUGGAGUCGAUUCCCAACUUCAAAAAACAUUCAAAGAAACCGUUAGAUUUAUGUAAAAAACUUAAAAAAAACUUUUUUAAAAAAAGGAAGAAAAAACGAACUAAGAGAGGUCUGUUCAUCCGCGGACUCCCCUUACCUGCAGUAGAUGCCUGCUGAACGUCGACCUCAACAAGUAAGUAGCGUGCACAGUUUCCGCGGUGUGCGUGAAGCCGAUCUGGGCCUGUCAAUCACUUCGGUUCACGAACAGAAACACAACACCGAUCAUUGUAAGGUCACGAUGGAUGGAGGACCUGCUGAGCUUUAGACUGGCAGGGGUUUGAACCCUUGACCUCUGCAAUCGGUGCGUGGAACUGAACUGAUGUGCACCGUCAACGCAGAUUUCAAUCGGUGUGUGGUGCGGGGACCACCACACUGAUCAUUGUAAGGCGACGAUGGAUGGAGGACCUACUGAGCUUUAGACUGACAGGGGUUUGAACGCUUAACCUCUGCAAUCGGUGGGUGCGUGGAACUGAACCGAUGUGCACCGUCAACGCAGAUUUCAAUCGGUGUGUGGUGCAGGGACUGUGGAUGUCGAUGGAAAGUUGGAAACCAGUGUGUAGAAUUUGUAUCUGGGCAAAAAAAGAAAGUAAAAAGAAGAGAACUGAUCUGGAUUCUGGACCUGUUGAUGCCGAUACGGCACUCGGUGUCUCGGAACUGGUCUGCAUUGAUCACUCUGGUAUGGACCCUCUGUGUGGGAAUGGGCCCAAUGGGGUCCACAGCAAUGGGACUGGUACCAGAUGGGCCCUUUGUGGUGUGGAACUGGGACACAGCUGACAACUUUUUCGUGUGAGAUUUCGAGUGAAAUUUCGUCUGACCUGAAAGUCCUUCCCGACGACCGCCACUUCGCUCUGAUGACGAAUGGAAAAAAAGAAAAAAGGGAAAAAAAAAAGAAAAAAGAAAGAGCUGCUAUCACGGUGUGGGGUGUGGAUCGUUGGCAUGGAGGGGGGCAUAUCCUAUGGCAGGGCAAUGGGUCUGUUCGAUGAACGAAUUGGUGGGGGUGGUCAGUCGAGGAGAGGCCUGGUAUGGAGGAUUUCCAGAUCCAGUAGCGACAUAGCGGCCAGAUCAGUCGCAGAUUCGUUAUCACUUCAUUUGGUCGUUGAGGUACCUGCGUAUGGGAGCUCACCCACUUGCACAGGCCCCCCACGUGUUGGUGACAGAAGGGAUGGAGAGAUACGAGGCAAGCGAAGGGGGAGGACGGGAGCAGGGGGGAGCAGCGGUCAGUGGGAUUCUGUCAUUGAAGUCACCUGCGCAUGGGAGCUUAGCCCCUUGCACAGGCCCCGCAUGUAACUGAUGGAAGGGAGGGAGGGAUAUGAGGGAAGUGAAAAAAAGGGAGAGGAGGAGGGGGGGGGGGGGGGGGGGGGGGGGGGGGGGGGGGGGGGGGGGGGGGGGGGGGGGGGGGGGGGGGGGGGGGGGGGGGGGGCAAGGCACUGCAGUUAGUAGGCUUGGGGCAGAGUAUCAGUCAUCUCUUUUCUCGACUUUCCGGUAUCGGUUCCCUUUCCUAUAUCUGGAAAUUUAAAGCGUUUCAUAGAAAUUCAUACUGAUCUGGAAAAAAAAAACGUUUUUCCAUUAUUUUAAUGUUUUGCACAUUGUCCGAGAAAAAAGUGUUGUCCACAUUAUCAGGGAAGAAACAUUGUUUACAUUAUCGGGGACAUCAUCUGGAAAUAGAUGACAAGGAUAUGUAUACGACGAAUGCGCAGAAGCCAGCUUUGUGUACAAGCCGG